AUGGAAGGCCUCCCAAGAAAAUUUGUCAAGAAAGCCGAUUUCGACAACACUGUGGCUGUCUUGGAGCGCCAACUGCGCGAGAGUGAGACUCGUCGCGAAGCGGAGCUUCGGCGUUUCGAGGCCUUCGAGAAUACCGGCUGUAUCGAUGUGAAAGGUCCAAUUAUAUCCAGAGUGAGGCGCAUGCGUGAUGCAGCCUUUGGCCGCUCCGCAGAAAAGUAA